AUGCUAAGAAUAAAUAUAGAAAAAGGUUUUUGGAAGAAUGUCAGAGAAGAGAAGGUUUUAAGAAAAAAGAGAUUGUUAGGAAAAGAAAGAUUGUUAAUAAAUGGAAAGUUGUUAGGAAUAGAUAAAAUUGUUAAAGAAAAAAAGACUGUUAGAAGAAGAAAGAAUUGUUAG